AUGAAAACACUAAUUUCUUUUUUGUUUAUUAUAGAAAUAGUCUCAGGUUCAGAACAGUGUUAAUGUUCCAAUUUUAUUCAACCCCAAUAUUGUUAAUCAUUUUAAGGGUGCAAUUGGAAUGGAAAAAAUUGUUAUCAACCUAAUUGUACAGAUAUUGCUAUUUAAUCGAAAUGUAUUGUUCCUUAAUGCGCUUGGUAUUUGGAUAAAUGUCAUGAUGGUUAAUAGUGCAAUUAUUAUACAGAUAAACAAAUUUGCAAUCAAAUUUUUGGAUGUGUCGCAAAUGAUGGAUAUUGUCUUCCCUAUGAGGACUGCAAUUAUCCAUCAUAAGACAAAUGUAAUGGCAUAACUCCCACAGGAAUAUAAUGUUUUUGGAAUUCAUAAACUCAGAGUUGUCUUAAAUUUUAAACUUGCAAUAGAUUAUCUUUGGAAAAUAAUGAUUGCAAUUCUAUACCCUAUUGCAUUUAAAAGAAGAAAUAAUGUGAGAGUUUGAGUAACUUGAAAUGUUCUGAUAUGGAAAGUGUAUAUUCUAUCAUCAAUAAUAGUAAUAUGAAUGCAACAGAAUGGCAUCUUAUGAAUGUUCAUGGUAAAAUGGAAAUUGUCAAUAAAUUGCUUGUUCUACUUAUACGACUCCGUCAUCUUGCAGCUUAAAUUCUUGCUUUUGGAAUGGAUAGACUUGCUUGUAUUGUCCAGUAAGCAUUUAUAAUAAAUAUAGAUUGAUAACUCUUAUGGAAAUAUCCUAAUUGCUUUAAAUCUCCUUAUUUCGAUAGUAUUAAUUUGA